UUUUGAUCGUCUCCACCAUUGGCAAACAUCAACUCUUUACUUCCCUUGGAGAAGCAAGGACAACAAUUUUGAUUGUGGUGUCUAUGCAAUCAAAACCAUGGAGCUGUAUGACGGUCAUAAUACUAACCAUGCUGCACUUGUUGACCUGAAAAGGGCAGCCACCAAAAACCUUGAGCGGUGUAGGCUUGCUGUUCGUCUUGUGGACCAUCCUUUAAACAAACUGAGAGAGAAAGUGAAGCAUGACUGUUAUGUUUGGUCUGCAAAGAAACCUGAACUGAUGGCAAGACAGAAGAUAAGGAAGGAUAAAGAGGCUGUCCUAGAUAAAUUAGCAUUUAAUCGAUCAAAGAAGACGAAUAGAAAAGAAGCACACAUUUUACGGCGAAGGAGGGAUCAUGAGGCGAAAGUAGAAGAUGUGUUGAAUAAUAAUUUUGGAGACAAAGUGAAAAUAGAGCAACUGUUGAAAUUUCAUUAUUGUUAGGUGCCAAACUUUUUUUUA